UUUUGGUUAUGAUUUGAUAAAGGAAAUAUAUUAUUUAAAUUUUGGAAGGACAUUAAAUGCUUAAAUCUAUUAUUUAAAUUAGGAAAAGACAAGCAUGUUUAAUUAUAUGUUCAAUAAAUAUCUUAAUGGCUUUCUAAUGUAAAUAAGUGGUAAAACUAAGGGGUAUUUCUAUUUUGUACUUCUCUUUUAAUAAUAGAGAAAUUGGUAAGAAUGCACCUAAACAAUCAGCUAAUCUUCCAUAUACCCUUGUUUCUUUUUAAUAUUUUUUAUGACUAUAAUACCUUUAUCUCUAGAUCUCUCUCUUCUCCAUUUUAUGUGUUCUAAUCUCUUUAUCUCUCGUACAGGUUUUUCAAAUCAUCUUUUAAUUCAACACAAAUCUUUAUUUUUUUAUUCUGAUUCUUUUGACACUCAUAAUGCUAAUCUUAUUAUCUCACCCCAAUUCUAAUGCUAAUCUUGAAAUCUACAUUCUUUUAUUUAGAUAAUAUAUACGUUAGUAGUUAUUUUAUUACUUACUUGCUAUUACUUAGAUUUUAAUGGAUUCUUAAUGGAUACAUGAAAUGUUAGCUGUUACAAACAGAUUUGAGGCUAUUUGAAAGAUAACUAAUUAAUUGUUAAUAGUUUCAUUAACUGAUAUAUGAUUUGUUAGUCGAUACAUUUGUUUGAUACAUAGAUUGUUAGAUGAUACUGAAAUUAUUAGUUGAUAUGUUAGUUGGUAUGUAGAUUGUUACCUGCUAUGUAAAUAUUUAGCUGAUAGAUCUAGAGUUAUAUGUUUUCGAUAAAGCAUGAGGGCAUUUUUGUCCGCACAAUAUCAAAAAGUUACACUUUUUUGGGUUUAAUCACAUCAUAAGUAUUUAGCUAAUUUGGAUCUUUGUUGGGUAUAUUACACUAAUUGUCCCUUAAUAAUAUUGAUGUUACUAAAAAAAUGAAUUAGAAAUUAAGCUCGUUAUCAAAAGGAGCUAAAUAUAUCAUGUAAUAUUCUAAAACUGUGAUUCACAACUACAGUCACAAUCAAUCAUUUUUUCUUAACUCAACAGGCCUACCAAUUUUUACUUUUCAAAUAAGAAAUGAGUUAGGAUAGUUUUCAGAAAACCAGUACGUAAACUGGGAUCAACAAGUGAUAUUAUAUGGGCUGAAGUCUAUAUAAUUUUCUGUCCAGAUCAAAUUAGAGAGCUCGUUGAUUUUAGAAAUAAUUUAAAUCUAUGUGCACUAGUAGUAAACUAUGACAUUAGUUAGGUAUUAUAUAUCAUCUCUUAUCUCUUUCUUAUUAUUUCAGGAGAAUUUUUAUUAAUUAACCUCAUUCUCAUGUGUGAUUAACAUAAUUGCCAUUACUUAGGUAUCAUCAUGAGAGUUCUCCUCACACCAUUUAAAAAAAAAAGCCUUCAUUGCCUAGAUAAAUUACAUGUAAUGCCAUCCCUUUUAUAUUAAAAGAGGAGCAUUCCUAUAAAUUAACCUUGCACUCAUGUGUUAUUAACCAAAAUGCCAUUUCCUACGUGUCAUCACAAGAGCUCUUCUCACACCCUUUAACUAAAAGUCAUUCUUUUACUAGAAUAAUUACUUGUAUUGCCAUUGUUAUAAGCCUACCUUAUAAAAUCUUUGUAAUCAUUAGUUGCAUCAACGAUUUUUUUAUCAUGGUUAUGUUUGUAUAUUAAACUUAGAUAGAACAUGUUUACAAUGUCCACAUAAGCCGCCUUGAUAUAAACUAAGUUAUAUAGUUAUAUAGUUUUAUAAAUAUAUACAAAAUAAUUAUAUUAUAUAGUUGAUAUAGUCGUACUAUAUAGCAAAAAUAAUUAUAUAAUAGUUAUAUAAAUAUAAAUACAAAAUAUUAAUAUUCUAUAGUUGAUAUGAUCGUAUUGUCUACAAAAAUAAUUAUAUUAUGUAUAUAAAUAUAUACAAAAUAAUUAUAUUAUAUAAUUGAUAUGGUCGUACUGUAAAUCAGAAGAGUUCUUUAUAUUAAUUUAAAUUAAAGGUUGGCCCAGUCAUAUAUGUAUAUGGUAUAUUAGAUCUUCACGUAUAUAACCUUGGAAAAUUGUUGGCCAUUUGGUAAUAUUUCAUACCCAUUUUCAUAAAUACAUUUUGCCUAAAUUAUAGUGGUUAAUUUAUGAGCAAUAAAGAGACGUAAAUUACCAUUGCCAUAUAUGAAUUUUUAAUUUGAACAUCCUUUAAUUUUGUGUAUUUGUUAAGGAAUAUAUAUGACAUAUUGAAUAUUAAUUAUCGAUUAAGAAUGAGGCAUGAUACUAUAUUCUUUUUAAAAGAGUUGUGGUCGAUUCAUUAUAUACGUUUUAAACGAUAGCAUCGAUUGAAUCAUUGUGUCCUUAACUUUAUCAAAUCUUUAAAUUAUUUUUCUUUCCAUUACUGAAUUUGCAUGAUCCGUGGCUGUAUGUGAAGUAAAUUAUGUGAUCAAUAGGGUAUAUGGUCUGUUAAGGUAAUUUGGGCGAUAAUCUUAGAGCGUAAGUUUUGGUUAUUUUGAGCACAUCUACUCAUCACAUUCUUUCUUUCCAAACCUUCAUUACAAAUUCUAUCUCGCAAGCAAAACACUUAUAGUGGGUCUCAACUCAUUAUAUAACAUGUAAUCUUGUGACUAGGACUUUUACAUUUCUAAUACCUAUAGAUUAAAAGUUAUAAUUUCUUUUAAUCUAUUCACUCCGCGCAGGGCGCGGGUAUCACCUAGUUGAACAUUAUUUCAUAUAUCUUACACAUUAAACUUUUAAGGAAAGUUUGUUACAUUACAACAAAUGGUGUUAUUACGACGUACAGACUAGGAAAGUAUUGUUUUUAGAAACAAAUCAUAUGAAUAUGCAACUUAUAUGUCUAUAUGAAAGGCUAGAAAAUUAAUCCAUGUAUUUUAUAUUUUAGUAUUUAACGUUUUAUAUUAUAAAUCUAAAAACUAUAUUUACUUUGUAGCUGCAUCUAUAUGAAUAUGUAACUUCUACGUUUAUAUGAAAAACCAAACUAUAACAUGAGUUUUGUAUGCAUGCAUAUUUAUAUAGGAAGAGCAACAUAUAUCGGAGACAACAUAUUCAUUAAUUUUUUGUGCAUAUUAAUCCAUGAAUUUUUGGUAUUAAACGUUUUAUAUUAUAAAUCAAAAGAAUAUAUUUACCUUGUAUCUACUUUUAUAUGAAUAUGCAAAUUCUACUUCUAUAAUUUUUUUAGGAAUGAGUAAAUUAUUUCCAUUAAUAUCAAUGAUUCGAUUAUUCAAAAGUUACAUAAUUCAAGUAAAUAAAUAGAGAAUCAACCCAAAAAUUUAAAUUUCAGUAAAUAAGUAGAGAAUCAACCCAAUAUAUUAAAUAAUUACGGUUUUGAUGGCAUUUGAAUAUCAAAUCCAAUAGAUCUUGAUUUCUAUAUUUAAUUGAUUCUUUUUGCUAAUUUAAAUUUGACCGUAAUUUAUGCAAUAGCCAAAAAAUUGGAAACUGAUAUAUGCAAUCUUCAUAACGCAUUUUGGUUUCGGUUAAUAUAGGAAAGUUACUAUAAAUUUAUUUUAAAUUUUCAUGGCUAAUUAAAAAUUACACGCGAAAUUUUAGGGAUUUACUUGAGAAACAUUAUUAAACAAGUUUUUUUAAAAAAAAAUUAAAAAAUCUAACCAAUUACACAAGUUUUAAAUUACUCAUAUAGAUUUACUUCCACAAAAUUUACUUCAAUUACACCUAACCAAUUACACAAAUUUUUUAAAAAAAAAAUCAAAGCGUAUCUUCUAUAAACAUGUACAAUGUCCUUUAAUCUUUCGUUAUAUAACAUGAAAUAUUUGUGACUAUAAAUUUUGCCUUUCUAAUAUUUAUAGAUUAAAAGUUUUAAUCUCUAUUUAGUCCGCAAGUUAUUUAAAUGCUUGGCUUGGUUUCCUAUUUAUUUACUUGAAUUUAAAUUCUUCGAUUGAUUCCCUAUUUAUUUACUUGAAUUAUAUAACUUUUGAAUAAUCGAAUCGCUAAAUUAAUGAAAAUAACUUACUAAUUUAAUUGAUUUCUUUCGCUAAUUUAAAUUUGACCGUAAUUUAUGCAAUAGCCAAAAAAUAGAAAACUGAUAUAUGCAAACACAUUUUGAUUUCGAUUAAUAUAGGAAAGUUACUAUAAAUUUAUUUAAAUUCACAUGGCUUAAAAAUCACACAUGAAAUUUGAAGGAUUUACCUGAGAAACAUUAUUAAACAAGUUAAAAAAAAUCAAAACUUUUCUUCUAUAAACGUGCACAAUGUCCUUCAAUCUUUCAUUAUAUAACAUGAAAUAUUUGUGAUUAUAACUUUUACCUUUAUAAUAUUUAUAGAUUAAAAAUUAUAAUCUCUAUUUAAUCUAUUCACUCCGCGCAUGGUGCGGAUACCACCUAGUAUAUAUUAAAAGAGAAACAUUGUAAUUUAAUGUGUUCACAUUAUGUUCGCUACUUGGCAACUUCACAGCGAUUAUGAAUACGUUGACAUACGCUGACGUGUCACAUGCUCUCUGCCAAACUCUACAUAAAUGUAUUCACACUAUAUAUUAUCUUACGUUUUUUCAAUAUAAACUCACAUGAAGGAUACAACGUGUUACACAAAUGUUCUACAUAAAAAGACUAUUUGCAAAAAAAUCACUAAUGUAUAGGCCUAUUUUAUUUUUACUUAAUUUUUAUUUUAAGAAUUUUAUCUUUCAUGUGUUAUUUUGAACAAAAAUGUCUUUUAAUUUUAUCAACCAUUUUUAUAUAUUUUUGUACAUACACAUACAUGUAGGUGUGAGCACGAAUUGGAUAUUCGAGGUUCUGGAAGUAUUGUGAUCCGAUAUGCUUCGUCCGAAUAAUCAAUUAUCCGAUUCGAUACAAUUCAACCUGUUUAAUAAUAUAAUAUUAUUACUAUGUGAGUAACAUUUGAUCUCUAUAAAAUGGAGUUUAAGAAUGUUUUUUGUAUGAUUUUUAGACCAUUUCUUCCAAAGUCAAUAACUUUUAAUUAAAAUAUCAUGUAUUUUUGCUAAUAAUAAAACCUAAGAGACUCAUUAAAUUUUACAAAUUCAACUAAAUAUUUAAAUAUUUUUAAAAUUAAAAAAAAAAAAAUAUUCUACAGAUUUUUCUAAAAUUGUAAUAUAAUAAAAUCUUACUAUAUCUUUUUAAAAAGGAUAAAUACCACUAAAACAGGAACAUGUUUUGAAACUAACCUUAUAAUUACAUGGUAUAUCAUAAUUUGUGUCACUAAGAGUUAAUUAGUUUCUGAAGCAUAGGUUAUGCCAAAACAAUAUAUUAAUUUAUAUAUUACAAACACAAUUAGUCGCUUUAAUUAUAUAACAAACUACGUACUUCUAUCAUAGUUUAUGGCACAUUUCAUUUCACACAUUACCACAUUGCGAACAUUAACCAAGCAAGUAGAAAAUUUAUACACAUAAUACAUUAUCAUACAGUUUACUACAAAAUUCAUUGGACAUGAAAAUUAUUUUCAUGUUUAUCAAAUUUUACAUAUAUUAUCAUGGCUAAUAAUCAAACGAAAAAUCCAACAAAAUAAAAUAUAAUAAUUAACUGUAAAUACAAUUGACGGUUUGAAACAAUCAAUUGGAUGACAAAUAACUAAAAUAUAACACUGCUGUAUUUAAAUAAGUCAUAUACACUUUUGAAAAUAUGCUUAAUGUUUGUAAUAUAUAUCACUACUGAUGUAAAAAAAAAAAUCUGUAAAUAUGAAUGAAAACAAACGACCAAAAGUCUAGUGUGUUAAAUGAUAAUAUAGAAGAAAAAGAAAAUGACAUAAAAUAAAAUGUUAAAAGAUGAAAUGAAAGGUGUUGAAUCUUGAAAUCAUUGUACAUAGUCACUAUACAAUCACACCCUUACUUUAAGAAAAUCGACCAGCAAACUUUAUAUCCUUACAUAUUGUUUCUUCACUUUUGUAGUGAUGCGACUGACUGUGCUUUAGUUUUCUUGGCAUUUAUGAUAAUGGAGGCGGCUCUGUUAAUGGAGGCUGCUGCUCUGUUAGAAGAAACAAAAAGAGAACUAUUUUUGUUUUUUCUUUAUUUGUCAACAAACAUGACUAUUUAGAAGGAAAGUGGUGGAAGAAUGUUCAAAACGAUUAGACAACUAGCUGUAUAUCAUCUCCAUAGAUAAAGUAACAGAAAGUGGCGAACAAGAGACGAACGGACUUAGAUAUAUCUAAUGGAGGCGGCUCUGUUCCUGAUUUUUUGCUUCCUAUUAUCAUUCAUUCUCCUAGCCGCCGUCAGAUCCAAACGUAGAUCAACCUUACUACCUCCGGGACCUCCAGGAUGGCCUAUCAUUGGAAACAUUCUCCAAAUAGGAAAAGCUCCACAUCGCUCACUCGCCGACCUCUCGAGAAUUUAUGGACCCGUCAUGAGUCUUAGGCUUGGAAGUUUAACCACAGUGAUCAUUUCCUCACCGGAGGCCGCAAGAGAGGUGCUUAAAACACAUGAUCAAGUCCUGUCUGGACGAAUAAUCCUCGACCCGAUUCAAUCCAUCCACCAAGAUGUCUCCAUGGCCUGGUUACCUUCAACAUCCCCUCGUUGGAGGUUAUGGAGAAAGAUAUCGGCGACUCAAAUGUUCUCUCCGCAAUGUCUCGACGCUACCAAGACAGUGCGCAUGAAGAAAGUGAAUGAACUUGUAACAUUUAUUAGUGAAAUAUGCGAAAGAGGAGAGUCCAUCAACAUUGCUCGUGCCUCCUUCGUCACAUCGCUCAAUCUAAUUUCAAACACUCUAUUUUCGACAGACUUGGGUAGUUAUGACUCAAAAAUCUCCAUGGAGCUCCAAGAAUCGGUGGUUCGUAUAAUGGAAACCAUUGGGAAACCAAACCUAGCCAACUAUUUUCCGCUUAUAGGGUUUCUUGAUCUGCAAGGGAUCCGGAAAGAGAUGAAGGUAUGCUCAGAUGUGUUGUUUCAGGUUUUUCAAGGGUUCAUCGAUGCUCGGAACAAUGAGAAAACAACGAGGAAUGAAAGUGAUCUCUUGGAUUCACUUAUGGAUUUAGUCAAAGAAAAUGGACCCGAGCUCAAAGUGAACGAAAUCAAACACUUUAUAUUUGACUUGUUUCUUGCAGGGACUGAUACGAACUCCACCACGGUGGAAUGGGCAAUGGCUGAGCUACUUCGCAACCCUAAGACAAUGGCUAAAGCUCAAGCUGAGAUGGACGAUGUGGUAGGUCUAAACGGUGUCGUUCAGGAGUCACACAUCUCGGAUCUUCCAUAUUUACAAGCAUUAGUGAAAGAGACUCUCCGUUUGCACCCACCGGGUCCACUUCUGGGACCACACAAAGCCGAGUCAAAUGCAGAGAUUUUAGGGUUUCUGGUGCCUAAGAAUGCUCAGGUUCUGGUAAACGCUUGGGCUAUAGGACGAGACUCGGGCAUUUGGGAAAACGCAGAGCAGUUCGAGCCAGAGAGGUUUUUGGUGGGACGAGAGAUUGAUUUGAAAGGUAGAGAUUUUGAGCUGAUACCGUUUGGGGCUGGAAGAAGAAUAUGUCCUGGAAUGUCUUUGGCUAUGAAGACAGUAUCUCUCAUUCUUGCUUCUCUUCUUCAUUCUUUUCAAUGGAAGCUUCAAAAUGGUGUCCUUCCUGAGGAUUUGGACAUGGACGAGAGCUUCGGUCUUAGCUUGCAUAAGGCCAACCCACUUUAUGCAGUCCCCGUCCUGAAACCUGCGAAUGGUAGUCUUUUGUAAUUUAUAUUUGCACUAUGAAGAAAAUGAAUAAAACUACCACUCUUGCAUUAUAGUAAGUCUUGGUUUGUUUUGUAUAAUAAGUAAUGAGUGAAAUUGUUAAGUUUC